AUGGCGCGCGCGGCGGGGCCCGAGCGGCGGCUCCUGGCCAUCUACACCGGAGGCACCAUCGGCAUGCGGAGCGAGCGCGGCGGUGAGUGGGUGCCGGCGCCCGGGCACCGGGGACAAGCCGGUGGGCAGGUGUUCAGAGCCUGCCGAGGCCCCUCACUGGGGACCACCGAGCGGCUGCAAGGCGACCCCAGCCGUUCCCCGCUGUUCCCGGCCCGGGCUCGGCUGGGCAGCGGGCACCAGACACCUUUGGGAAGUGUUCACGUGCACGAGCAGUCCGGGCAGGUGUUCGACAUAGCCAGGCGCGUGGGAGACACCCAACAGAACCUCAUGCUCGUCCCUGGCAAGGGCCUGGCCGCCGUUCUGAGGACACUGCCCAUGUUCCACGAUGAAGGGCAUGCCCAGGCCUGUGGCCUCCCCGAGGACACCUUAGUGCUGCCGCCUGCCAGCGCCGCCUGCCCCGACCAGAGGGUCAUGUACACGGUGCUGGAGUGCCAGCCUCUCUUCGACUCCAGCGACAUGACCAUCACUGAGUGGGUUCAGAUCGCCCAGACCAUUGAGAGACACUACGGGCAGUACCAUGGCUUUGUGGUCAUCCAUGGCACCGACACCAUGGCCUUCGCCGCCUCUGUGCUCUCCUUCAUGCUGGAAAACCUACAGAAAACCGUCAUCCUCACUGGUGCCCAGGUGCCCAUCCACGCCCUGUGGAACGACGGCCGUGAGAACCUGCUGGGUGCCCUGCUGCUGGCUGGCCAGUACGUGAUCCCCGAGGUCUGCCUGUUCUUCCAGAACCAACUGUUUCGGGGCAACCGAGUGACCAAGGUGGACACGCGCAGGUUUGCGGCCUUCUGCUCCCCCAACCUGCCCCCUCUGGCCACCGUGGGCGCUGAUGUCACAAUCAACCGGGAGCUGGUGCGGAAGGUCCGUGGGCAGGGCCGGCUGGUGGUGCACGGCGGCAUGGAGCGCGACGUGGGCCUGCUGCGUCUCUACCCCGGGAUCCCCGCCACGCUGGUCCGGGUCUUCCUGCAGCCCCCCCUAAAGGGCGUGGUCCUGGAAACCUUCGGAUCGGGAAACGGGCCCACCAAGCCCGACCUGCUUCAGGAGCUGCGGGAGGCAGCUGAGCGAGGCCUAGUCAUCGUCAACUGCACCCACUGCCUUCAGGGCGCCGUCACCUCGGACUAUGGUGCUAGCACGGCCCUGGCGGGAGCCGGCACCAUCUCAGGCUCCGACAUGACAUCGGAGGCGGCCCUGGCCAAGCUGUCGUAUGUGCUUGGCCUGCCGGGCCUGAGCCUGGAUGGCAGGAAGGAGCUGCUGGCCAGGGACCUGCGCGGGGAGAUGACGCUGCCCGCCACGGACGAGCUCCGGCCCUCUCUGCGGGGCAGCACGCCGGGCCGCGGGGUCGCCCAGCUCCUUAGUCUGAGCCAGGAGGCUGAGGACGUGCGAGAUGCCCUGGUACCCAGCCUGGCCUGCGCCGCGGCCCACGCCGGCGACCUGGAGGCCCUGCAGGUGCUUGCGGAGCUGGGCAGUGACCUGAGCCUGGAGGACUUUGGUGGUCAAACUCCGCUGCACUCGGCCGCCCGAGGGGGCCAGGCUGGGGUGGUCACCAUGCUGCUGCAGAGAGGGCUGGACGUGAACGCACGGGACAAGGAUGGCCUCAGCCCGCUGCUGCUGGCCGUGAGGGGCAGGCAUCAGGGUGUCAUUGGGCUGCUGCGGGCGGCUGGGGCCUGCCUGUCCCCCCAGGAACUGGAGGACUCGGGGACAGAGCUCUGCAGGCUGGCAUCCAGGGCAGACUGUGAAGGCCUGCGGGCAUGGUGGCAGGCAGGGGCCGACCUGAGGCAGCCGGGCUAUGAUGGGCGCAGCGCCCUGCAUGUCGCAGAGGCAGCUGGGAACCUGGAAGUGGUGGCCCUUCUGCAGAGCCUUCAGGGUGGGGUUGGUGACCAGGCCCUGGGCCCAUACCUGGGCCUCCACUCCUCUAGAGACCUCCCAUUGUCAGGAAGUGCUGCCUGGUGUCUAACCUGAAGCUGUCCUGCUGCAGCGUAAGCCAUUCCUUCCUGUUGAGACCUGCUGGAAGGAUGACAGCAGACCCACCCCUGUGGCUCUGACUGUGCUGUGCGCCCCCUUCC